AUGCGCGUACAGUGGACGUUAUCGGCAUUGCCUCUCUUAGCCGAAGCUAUCCAACCAUCUGGAUGUCCUCUUUUGGGACCGGUAUUCCCUGCCCCUACUGCUCUUUCAGAGCAUCCCAUCUUUCUCGGCAAAGCCGAAGAAUUAACCUCAAAGCUCAAUGAAGCCAUUGAGAAUGGAAGUCUAUCUUCUGUAUCGUUCGCAGUGCAGAUUUUCAGCAGCGAAGAGGACGAGUCGGCAUUUGGCUUCUACCACACAGACGAUCCAGUUAGAGCUGGCUCUGUCGGGGUCCAAGAGGUAGACGAGGAUACGAUGUUCCGCAUUGGCAGCAUAUCAAAGCUAUGGACUAUGUUUCUCUUCAUGACCUUUGAAGGGACACGAUACUUCCACGAGCCUGUUUCCAAAUACGUGCCUGAACUGCGAAAAACCUAUAGCCCAGCGCAAAGAAAUGACAAAAUUAAUUAUUUGCAAUGGAGCGAUGUGACCAUUGGCGAACUAGCUAGUCACCAAGCGGGCCUUGCAAGAGACUAUGCAUUUGGAGACUUUGGGUUCCAGUCAGACCUUGUCCAAAGCAUGGGGUUCCCUUCGCUUCCAAAAAACGAGCAGUUGACUUGUGGGAAGGAGCAUACGUGCAAUAGGAAAGAUCCCUUGACUCCGACCUCACAGACACCAAUAUACUCGAAUUCAGGAUACCAGAUUCUGGGCUACGUCUUGGAGUCAAUUGCAAAAGCCGACUAUGAAGAUAUUUUAAUAGACCGUCUUAUCAAGCCACUCAACUUGACUCGCUCCUGUCUUCGUGGCCCAGACCCCAGCUUGGCAGUGAUUCCACACAACGAGAGUUUCAGUUGGUUUGAUUUCGAUCUUGGCGAAGAAGCUCCCGCUGGAAGCAUCUUCUCCUCCGCAAAGGAUAUGGCUACAUUCGGCCGUGCUGUUCUUUCCAGCACUUUUGUUGACCCUGCCGUGACAAGGCGGUGGCUGAAGCCGGUAGCACACACAUCAUCCCUGCAACAUUCCGUGGGAGCCCCCUGGGAAAUUUAUUCAUUUUUGACACCUCGUCGGGUUGACCUGUACACUAAGGCUGGAGAUUUCGGAAUGUACUCCAGUUCUAUUGCUCUUUCACCAGAUCACAAUGCCGGGUUCACGGUUUUAGUUGCCGGUGGAAACUCACACACGGUGGCGUCAGCAAUCGGGGAGAUUGUUGCGGACAUAAUGCUUCCCGCGUUUGAUGAAGUCGCCAGGAGCCAAGCCCUUGAACGCUUUGGGGGCACUUAUGCCUUGAUGAAUGGCUCCUCCAAUUUCUCAAUCACCAUCUCGGCCGACGACGGGGCUGGCUUGGUCGUCUCAGAAUGGACCAGCAACUCAGUCGACAUGAUUGAGAGUUUGAUGGGUCUGCAAGGAGUGACAGAUCGCUCUGCAAUCAGCAUUCGUCUACAACCUAGUGGUCUUGAGACCCCAGGACUGAUUUCUUUCUUGGCUGUCAUCUAUAGUUUUGAUAUCUCGGAACAAGCUGGACCUUUUGUUGGAUCCUGUUUUUCAUGGAUGUUGCUUGAAUCUGUGGUGUAUGGCAACGUGGGUCUCCCAGAGUUUGAGUUCGCACUAGAUCAUGAUGGUAAUGCGACGAGCGUGUCCCCUCGAGCGUUGCGCAUUACUCUUCCUAGAGUUUAA